AUGGUAUUUGUUGAAUGUGUACGUAACAUCAAUACACAUCAAUGUCUUGCACGAAAAGCAAUUAAAUUAACAAGUAAACAAGAAGAAGAAAAUGAAUUACCAGCAACAGCUGUCAGAGAAAUAGCUGUUCUUAAAUCAAUUCAACAUGAAAAUAUUAUUAAAUUAAAUCAUGUAGCAUUUGAACCAUCGAAUAAUAGUGAUUGUAAUCAUUUAUAUUUAUAUCUUGAAUUUCUUCCAAUUGAUCUUAAAAGAUAUACGGAUGCACUUGGAUCUGGUGAACAACUUAGUCCUAGACUUGUUAAAAGUUACAGUUACCAAUUGUUAAGUGCUAUUGAAUGUCUUCAUUGCCAUUGUAUUCUUCAUCGAGAUUUGAAACCAUCAAAUAUUUUGAUUGAUUAUGAAGGUUAUAGUCAUUUAAAAAUAGCUGAUUUUGGUUUAGCUCGUCAAUGUUAUAUGCCUGAACAAACUUUAACUCAUGAAAUAGUAACAUUAUGGUAUCCUCCAUCUGGAGUACUGCUUAAUGCAUCGACCUAUGAUACAGCAUUAGAUAUUUGGAGUUUUGGUUGUGUACUUGCUGAAAUCACAUUUCGACAACCAUUAUUUCGUGGUGAAUGUGAAAUUGAUCAAUUAUUAUUUAUUUUUCGUCUUUUGGGUUUACCAAGAUUUCCUCUUAUUGAUCUUCAACUUUCUCGUUUAUCAAUGUCUGGUGAAUGUCGACAAUUUCUUAAAGAUAUAUUGAUUUAUAAUCCAAAAGAUCGACGAACAGCUCGACAAUUACUUGAAGAACAUGAAUAUUUGACUGAAGCAGCGAUUCUUGCUCAUACAGUAUAA